CUGAUAGUGAUUUGGUGGCUAUUGAGUAACAGGGAAAUUAGUUACAGUGUGGGAGGGCAUUGACGUGCUGUUAAACUCCAGCGGGUGAAAGUAGUAACCAGGAAAUAUUCAGAAGACACGGCAGGCGGACGUUUCAGGUGUCGGCUCACUGUUUUCCACCCGCACUCAUUAGCUGUUAGCAACAUGAAUCAGAGUAAUGAGUCGGGAUUGUGCCCCAAUGUGGUGAUGCUAUUGAAACGAUACUACCUGCCAUCCAUGUAUGUGAUCAUCUUUACUGUGGGCCUCCUGGGGAAUGUCACCUCCAUCAUCAUCUACACAGUGAAGAUACGACCCUGGAAGAGCUGGAACCUCAUAAUGCUGAACCUGGCCUUGGCAGACCUGCUCUACGUCUUCAGCCUCCCUUUCCUGGCUUAUAACUACAUUAACGGUGAAGAUUGGACCUUGGGAACAUUCAUGUGCCGAUUUGUACGUUUUAGCUUCCACUUCAACCUCUAUGGCAGCAUCCUCUUCCUCACUUGCCUCAGCAUCUUCCGCUAUGUGGUGGUGGUCUACCCACUGAAGGUCGACGUUCAUCGGAAGAGGUGGGGGAGCUUGGCCUGCCUUAUUGUAUGGGUCAUCUCCGCCAUCGAGAUCCCCCCCAUGUUCACCAUGCUUAAGUUGCAGGAAGAUAACAACAUAACAACUUGCCCAGACUUUGCCAGCCAAGAUCCAGUGCUGCAAGUCUGGUGCUACACCUGGGUACUGACGGUUCUAGGAUAUUUAGUGCCCUUGGUAGUGGUCAGUUUCUGCUAUUCCAGGAUUGUAAAAGUCCUGUCAAAGGGCCCAGAGACGCACAGUCUGCAUCGGAUGCGUGCCCGUAGGCUCACCGUGCUCAUCCUGGUCGUCUUUGUGGUGUGCUUCAUGCCGUUCCACAUCUUACGCACGGCACGGAUCGCCACCAGAAUAUGGCCGAGGUCCUGUACUGUCACAGCCUGGGUCCACGCCAUGUAUAUCAUCUCUCGGCCUGUGGCGGGUCUCAACACCUUCUUCAACCUGGCCUUAUACACGCUGGCAGGUGACAAGUUUCAGCAAGCUUUUGUCAGCAUGUUUAACUGCAACUACUAUGUUUCUAAGAUCAAGUCCCUACUUACUGUGCCAGUCAUUAGCAUUGCAACCGCCGCCUCUCCGCAAACGAAACCAGCUGAUUUGAGUAAAACACCUUCACCGUCCAAACCACAUGCCGCUAAUGCACAAUGUUAAUGUUAUACUUAAUCUGCACCUUAAAAUUCAAACAUAAAGCAGAUCAAGGAUUAUCUAUGUAAAUACUUUGCGAAUAAAAUGUAUCUGAAUAUAAAUGAUCAUUUAUGAGAUAUAUGUGAGUCUGAAGUCUAUUUAAAUAGAAUAAGUUUUCUUUUUAUUAUGUUUUGUACUGUAUGCCAGAGGGAAUUUGUUUUGAUGGCACUAUAGUCUGACAGCAGAAUUUGUCAGACUCUCUACUGGGGAAUGUCCAACUUUUACAAUCGCUUUGACCUUCUUGGGAAUGGGUGUGUAUUUACCAUUUUCCACGCUCACAGUCCUGGAGAUAUGUACAGCUGUAAUUGAACACAUGAUAAAUAGUUUACUGACCACACCCUGUAAGAAUUCUUCCUCCUUGAGAUCUGGAGAUCAUAAAAUGUGAAAACCACAGUAGGUCAUAAAUCAUUAUUUUGGCCGGUAUAAGCUACUUUUUGGUGAUAUCAAAUAAAAAAGGAUAGAUUGAUAUUGUAGGGUUAGCUUGAAUCCGAUACAUCAGGGGUGUCAAACUCCAGUCCUGGGGGGCCAGAGCCCUGCACAUUUUUGGGUUUCCCCUCAUUUAACACGCCUGAUUCAAUUCCUUCUGCUAAUUAACACACAGCAGUUGAGCUGCAUCAUUUGUGGUGGAACAGGGAAAGAACCAAGCUACACAGGUAUCUGGCCCACCAGGACCGGAGUUUGACACCCCUACGCUAAAUGCUUUUCCCAUGGGGUGGUUAUUAUCUGGCACAGCACCCUUGUUUGUAUUUACAGUAAUAUGACAUAUCAUGUGUUUGGAUUUUGCUUCUUGUGUUUAGGUUUUCAGGGAGAACUUCAGUUUGGGGGGAAGGGGGUGCAUAAUUGUGUGAGUGAUUCUGAGCACAGUAAUGGUAAUAAAAACAACUCCAAAUGAUAUGACUUAAAGAUGAUAUAAUUUUACUAUACAGUGUACUAUACCUAUGAUAAUUUUUGCAUAAAAAAUAAAGGGCUAAUUACAACUGGUCAGUCAGACUCAAUUGUGGUAAGUCGACGGCAACCUGUAUCAUCUUUCCCUUUUUUCAGCUACCAGGUGUUCUGAUUGCUGUCUUCUGCUACUCUGUUGACGGAUGUUAAAUACUUCACAGCAAACAAUAUUUUAGACACUACUAUUGAAAUGCAAUGGAUCUUGGACAGAUUAUCAAAAUUUCUUGUUUUAUUUUGUUGUAUCCCUUCUAAUUUUCAUAGAGCUCUUAAGUUCUCUUGUUUUACACCAAAU